UAAACUACCUAACCCCCCCAUACCCUGUCAUGCCCUGUCAUGAGUGGGAGGCUCAUACCCUGUCAUGCUGACAGCUCAGAUCAUCAGAGCACUGAUGAUCAGUGGUCCCUGAUGAUCUGUGUAGCCCCAGCAGCGCCACCUGUCAGUGUCCAUCAGUGCCAGCUCUCAGUGCUCAUCCAUUCCACCUGCUAGUGCCCAUCAGUGCCACAUUUCAGUGCCCAUCAAUCCACGUAUCAGUGCCACAUUUCAGUGCCCAUCAAUGCCACAUAUCAGUGCCCAUCUGAGCUGCCUUUCAGUGUCGCCCAUCAGUGCCAGUCAGUGCCACCUAUCAAUGCCAGUCAGUGCCGCCCAUCAGUGCCGCCCAUCAGUGCCAGUCAGUGCCGCCCAUCAGUGCCAGUCAGUGCCGCCUAACAGUGCCAGUCAGUGCCCAUCAGUGAUGCCUGUCAAUGCCCAUCAG